CAAACUUUCGUUAUCUGUGGAUAGUUUGUUUUCUGGAAUCUUUGUGAAAUGAAAAAUUGUUAAAUCCAUUUUCAUCUUAAGUUUGUGUUAAUUUACAAUUGUUAAAAAUGGCCAUGUUUCCAGGAACAGUGGCCUUUGACGAAUUCGGUCGUCCAUUUAUUAUAUUAAGGGACCAAGAGAACCAAAAACGGCUUACCGGUGUCGAUGCGUUGAAGUCACACAUCCAAGCUGCCCGGCAAAUAGCCGGUAUUCUACGGACUUCUCUAGGUCCCCGUGGCUUAGAUAAGAUGAUGGUGUCCUCUGACGGUGAGGUUACCGUUACCAAUGAUGGGGCAACAAUUUUGAAACUAAUGGAUGUUGAACACCAAAUUGGUAAACUCAUGGUGCAGUUAGCUCAGAGUCAAGAUGAUGAAAUAGGCGAUGGAACAACCGGGGUUGUUGUUUUGGCUGGUGCUCUCCUAGAACAAGCAUCAAAUCUUAUUGACAAAGGUAUCCACCCGAUCCGUAUCGCCGAUGGUUUUGAAAUGGCUGCCGCUGCAGCCUUGACCCAUUUGGAUAGUAUUAGCGAGGCUUUCCCAGUGAACAAGGAUACUAGGGAACACUUGAUCAAAGUGGCUAUGACGACCCUUGGAAGCAAAGUCGUCGUCAAGUGUCAUAGAUUAAUGGCUGAGAUUGCUGUCGACGCAAUCCUGUCUGUAGCAGACUUAGAGAAGAGAGAUGUUAACUUUGAACUGAUCAAAGUAGAGGGCAAGGUCGGUGGUCGUAUGGAAGACUCCAUGUUGGUGAGAGGUGUGGUCAUCGACAAGACCAUGAGCCACUCACAGAUGCCAAAAGUUUUAAAGGAUGUGAAAUUGGCUAUCCUCACAUGCGCGUUUGAGCCCCCCAAGCCCAAGACCAAGCAUAAGCUCCAAGUUGGGUCCGCUGAAGAGUACCGUGACCUGAGGAAAUAUGAGCAAGAAAAAUUCUUAGAGAUGGUGAAGAGAGUUAAGGAUGCAGGUGCAACUCUAGCUAUAUGCCAAUGGGGUUUCGAUGAUGAAGCCAACCACCUCCUUCUUGCAGAAAAACUACCAGCGGUACGUUGGGUCGGUGGGCCUGAGAUGGAACUGAUAGCCAUCGCAACCGGUGGAAGGAUCGUGCCCCGGUUUGAAGAGCUGACUCCAGACAAGUUGGGAUCUUGUGGACUUGUGCGGGAACUUACUUUUGGAACAUCCAAAGACGAAAUGCUGGUCAUUGAACAGUGUUCCAACUCCAGAGCCGUCACCGUUUUAGUGCGAGGUGGUAACAAGAUGAUUGUGGAGGAGGCCAAGCGUUCAGUGCACGAUGCGCUUUGUAUCGUCCGCAGUCUUGUACAAGAUUCCCGAGUGGUGUAUGGAGGCGGAGCGGCCGAGGUGUCUUGUUCGCUGGCCGUAGCUCGGGCUGCGGAUAAGCUUUCCUCACUGGACCAAUACUCCUUCAGAGCCUUUGCUGAUGCCUUGGAGGCUAUUCCCAUUGCCUUAGCUGAAAACAGUGGUUUAUCACCAAUCGACACACUGUCGGAGGUGAAGGCACGGCAAGCGGCAGAGAACAACAGCAAUCUCGGUGUUGACUGCAUGGGACGCGGCUCCAAUGACAUGAAAGCAAUGAACGUUAUCGAGUCACUCCACUCGAAGAAACAGCAAAUAGCGUUAGCGACACAACUCGUCAAGAUGAUACUGAAGAUAGACGAUGUCCGUUCACCGGCCGAUGGCAUGCAGUGAUGAGCUUAGCGUGUGACUAUGAUAUUAUAUGUUAUAUUACAUUUGUUAUUAAGUAAAA